UAAGUCCUGAAGAAGUGUAGAGAUCACCCGUUCUCUUGGCAGUUGGGUGGAUUGGAUUGGCAGGCUGCCUGGAGCCGCUGAACCAGUUGACUGAGAGGAAAAGGAAUGGCUGGAGGAGUGGAAGAAGCAAGCGAAACCCAAGACCAAGAAUACGUUUACCGGAUUAGUACGGCCAAGGAAUGGGAGGUGUUUCAGACUAACGGUUGCAUUUUCGGUGGAGACCUUGAUAGAACUACUGGUUGUAUUCAUCUUAGCAAGCUCGAUCAGGUGCAGAUGACUCUACAGAAUUUCUUCAAGGGCGUUCCAGACCUCUACUUGCUCCAGAUAGACUGUAAGAAGCUUGGAGAUGGCCUAGUUUAUGAAGCUGUAGAUGACGGUUCUAAUUUCUUCCCUCAUUUCUAUGGCCCUUCCCGGUGUUUUAUUCCUCUUCCUUUAGAUGCUGUUGCCAAGGCAGAGAAAUUGAAUUUCUUGGAUGGUAAAUUUAGUUGUAGUUUUCUGUAAUGAACUGCUGUGGCCAUGAAUAUGAAGUUGAUAAUUUCAUGGGCCAUUUCAAAAUUCAAAAAUAAGCAUUGUAUUACUGUUGUUACUCUUGAAGUUUCUCAAUGAAAGUUUCUAUCCAAAGUUUUAUCAGUU